GCAUUCCUCUCUUGCUCUCCCAGUCCGCAGCUCCGUCUGUCUUGGGCUAACAGCCUCUCCACUCUCCAGUGCGUGUGUGUGCGUAUGAGUGCUUGACUGUCUUCUCUGCUUCAAUCAUAGUUUCUCAAGAAGGAUUUUGGUUCUUUAAAUAUUUUUUUCAUGUGAACAUUUUCUUUUAAUUAUUAAAGUGUAACAGUAGGAUCCAAGUGAACAAGAGGGAGAGUGGAGAGAAAUGAAGGGGUUCUGGUUCGUCCUUUCACUGCUGUGCCUAUGCAGUUCUGUGGUACGUCCACAGGAAGGCUUGGAAUACCCUGAAUAUGAUGGUGAAGACCGUGUGAUCCACAUCAACAGCAAAAAUUACAAACAGGCACUCAAGAAGUUUGAAGUUUUGGUGCUGUACUAUCAUGAACCCGUGGAAGACGAUCAUGAGUCCCAGCGCGAGUUUGAAGCUCAGGAGCUUAUUCUAGAGUUAGCUGCUCAGGUCCUUGAAGACGAGAAGGUUGGUUUUGGACUGGUUGAUGCUGAAGAGGAUGCCGUUGUGGCCAAGAAACUCGAGUUGGAUGAAGAGGACAGUUUAUACAUUUUUAAAGAAGAUGAGGUGAUAGAAUAUGAUGGCGAGUUUGCUGCUGACACACUCGUAGAGUUCAUCCUUGAUGUGAUGGAGGAUCCUGUAGAGGUCAUUGAAGGAGAACAUGAGAUCCGCGCAUUUGAAAACAUAGAAGAUGAGCCCAAACUUAUUGGAUACUUCAAGAAUGAGGACUCUGAACACUUUAACGCAUAUGAAGACGCAGCCGAGGAAUUCCACCCUUUCAUCAAUUUCUUUGCCACCUUUGACAGUAAGACUGCUAAGAAACUAGACCUGAAGAUGAAUGAAAUAGACUAUUAUGAACCUUUUAUGGAGGAGCCAGUUACUAUUCCCAACAAGCCUAACAGUGAGGAAGAGAUUGUUGAUUUUCUUGAGGAACAUGAGAGGCCAACUCUGAGGAAACUCCAACACGACAGCAUGUUUGAGACCUGGGAUGAUGAUUUGGACGGAAUCCACAUUGUAGCAUUUGCAGAGGAAGAUGAUCCAGAUGGUUAUGAGUUCCUGCAAAUUCUGAUUGAAGUCGCAAGAGACAACACAGACAACCCUGAUCUUAGUAUUAUCUGGAUUGAUCCUGAAGAGUUUCCCCUGCUGAUCCCAUACUGGGAAGAUACCUUUGACAUCGAUCUGUCUCGUCCUCAAAUCGGCAUUGUCAAUGUAACUGAUGCUGACAGCGAAUGGAUGGAUAUGGAUGAUGAAGAAGAUCUGCCAACAGCAGAUGAGCUGGAGGAUUGGCUUGAAGAUGUCCUUUCUGGAGAAAUUAACACAGAGGAUGAUGAUGAUGAUGAUGAUGAUGAUGAUGAUGAUGAUGAUGAUGACGAUGACGAUGAUGAUGAUGAUGAUGACGAUGAUGACGACGACGAUGAUGAUGACGAUGAUGACGAUGACGAUGAUGAUGAUGAUGAUGAUGAUGAUGACGAUGAUGAGGAUUAGUAAAUAUUCAUCAGCUUCAAAUUCAUUGCCAUCACCAAGUGCAUCAAAAGGCAAUAACAUGAUCCAUUUCUACCCAAGAACAAUAAAGCAAAAAAAUAUAUAAAACAUAUAUGUAUACAGUUUAUAUAUAACUUUUUAUAUAUAAAUAUUUAUGUAAACUAUGGUCUUAAACAUCUGUGUUCCUCACAUCUGUUUACACUUUUAAAGGCUGUUACACAUCUUGAAACCUGGCAUUAAUAAUUUAGGGAGGUGGAUGAAAUAAUCUGGAUUUCACACUAAACCUGUGUCAAUUCCUAACUUCUUUAGUAUUCUUUUGUGUAUCCACUCAUUUUUUAUUAUUGCUUUCAGAAGUUUCUCAGCGAACAUCACAUUAUAGUAUUUCUUCAGGGACUGAGAAAAUGUCAUGAAUUAAUUUGGUAUUCACUUAACUUGAUGGUAAAGUGUUGUCAUUCAUUGAAUUUACUGAAAACAGU